AUGUCAAGCAUAGUUUCACCAUUAACUUCCAUCAUUUUCAUAGAUCUCGUUAUUAACGUUUGUUGUGAUUACUUCCCUUUGAAAAAUACUGAAAGUGGUGAAUUUGGUCUCAAAGAUCAGUAUGGCAUACCAUGCCUAUUGUUAAAAUUUUCGGCACAGUUAUACAACUUGAACUUAAAUGGUACACAUAUUGCCACUGAGGUACCCAAAUUAACAUCACCAAAAGUAAAAUUAAGUGGAUAUUGUGCCGGUGGUGACACAAAUAAUAGUAAAGCGGAGUUUAAAGCAAGCUGGAAAAAACAGGGACGUAGAAAGCAACUUACUAUGUCCUUUGGAACGGCUUAUGUGAAAGAUCCAGUAAAUCAGCUAGAAGUGCUUCGAUGGCAAUUGAAAAUGGUUUUCUAUUCUGAAUCUUAUUCUAAGCAAUCGCUCGAAUUUUCAUCGAAAGAAGUAAUGAUGAGCGCUCCGCUGAAGCAGAAAUUUAUAUGUCACGACAAACUUAAUUUAACACUAACCAACAGGCAUUUCAAGAAUUAUAUUCUCGAAUUAAAUCCAGAAAUUAACGCGCAACCAUAUCAUGUCAUUGGCAAGCAUCCAAAUUUAUUCAUUUGUGACAGCACAAGACGACGAACGCUAGCGAAAAGUUUCGAAAGUCGGAUGACAAUUUUUUCUGGAAUAGUUCUUUGUAUAACAUCCGUAUCGUUAAUGGUUGGAUAUACUUUCCGCAGACAAUCACAUCCUAUUAGAAAGAAACUUUAUGAAUCACUUACUUAA